AGAAGGUUCCGUCAUAUUUUAGAACCUUAAGCGCUUCGUUUCUCUGCAAAAUCCUUAUCACUCUCGUCGACGGUAAUUAUCGUAUCGGGCAGAAAUUUCCGGCCGAUUUUGAACAGAGAAGGAUCUGGUUGUCUACUCCAUAUAUUGAUUUUUCAUUACCAGCUUGUUGCUAAGAAGGAAUCGAAAUGUUAGGCACCACGCCCAUAUUGCCCCUUCCGGCGCCCCCAUUGGAUGGGAAUCUGGGACCAACACCUCUAGCUCAGGUAGUAGAGGAACCAAAGGAUGUUAAGAUGGAAGAGAAUGAAGAGGAAAACAAUGAGGACAAGGUUCCAACAUCUGUUGCAACACAUACGAGAACUAUUGGUAUCAUUUAUCCCCCUCCAGAUAUUAGGAGUAUUGUUGACAAGACUUCACAGUUUGUGGCAAAGAAUGGUCCGGAAUUUGAGAAGAGGAUUGUUCUAAAUAACGCUGGCAAUGCAAAAUUCAACUUCCUGAAUGCUUCUGAUCCUUACCAUGCCUAUUAUCAGCACCGUUUGGCUGAAGCUCGCGCACAGAAUCAGGCUUCUGGAGAGAAACUGACUCAGCCAGAAGACAAAGAAGCAACCCCUGCUCCACCUACCGCCAAUGGUGCUGAGGCAACUGCAAAACCUGAUCUGUCAGCUCAAUUUAGACCUGUCAGAAAGGUUCUUGAGCCACCUGAGGCAGAGCAAUAUACUGUUCGACUUCCUGAAGGGAUCGCAGGUGAAGAACUGGAUAUCAUUAAGCUUACAUCACAAUUUGUGGCCAGAAAUGGGAAGUCUUUCUUAACAGGGUUGACAAGCAGAGAGAUAAAUAAUCCCCAAUUUCAUUUUCUAAAGCCUACUCACAGCAUGUUCAUGUUUUUUACUUCACUUGCGGAUGCGUAUUCGAAAGUUCUGAUGCCUCCUAAAGGCUUGACGGAUAAGCUGCAGAAGAGUGCUUCUGACAUGACAACAGUCCUAGAGCGAUGUCUGCAUCGGUUGGAAUGGGAAAGAUCACAGGAGCAGGCUAGACAGAAAGCUGAAGAUGAGAUAGAACAGGAGAGGUUGCAGAUGUCUAUGAUUGAUUGGCAUGAUUUUGUUGUUGUUGAGACAAUAGAUUUUGCCGACGAUGAGGAUCAGGAUUUACCUCCACCUAUGACCCUUGAGGAGGUUAUAAGGAGGAGCAAGAUGCCUACAUUGGAGGAAGAGGAAUAUGUUGAGCCUGGAAAGGAGGUGGAAAUGGAGAUGGAUGAAGAAGAGGUGCAGCUAGUUGAAGAAGGUAUGCGAGCUGCGACUCUUGAAGAGAAUGGUGGUGUCAAGAAUGCUGAAACCAUGGCAAUUUCAGAAGAAAAUGAUCCACCAAUGCGGAUUGUGAAGAACUGGAAGAGGCCUGAAGAUAGGAUCCCGGCAGAAAGGGACCCGACUAAGUAUGUUGUCUCUCCUAUAACUGGUGAGCUGAUACCUAUUAAUGAGAUGUCUGAACAUAUGAGGAUCUCUCUCAUCGAUCCGAAGUACAAGGAACAGAAGGAAAGGAUGUUUGCGAAGAUUAAGGAAACGACUCUUGCACAAGAUGAUGAGAUUUCUAGGAACAUUGUUGGGCUUGCACGAACCCGUCCGGAUAUAUUUGGCACUACGGAAGAAGAAGUUUCAAAUGCGGUCAAGGCUGAGAUUGAGAAAAAAAUGGAAGAGCCGAAGCAGGUCAUAUGGGAUGGUCACACAGGUAGCAUUGGUCGCACUGCAAGCCAAGCAAUGUCUCAGAACAAUGCAGAGGAUCAGAAUGAUGCUGCAAAUGAUGCAAGAAACCUUCCUGGUCCGCAGGCGGCUCCACCUCCCAGGCCCGGUCUUCCAUCUAUCAGGCCACUACCUCCACCUCCUGGGCUUGCGCUGAAUAUUCCUAGGCCUCCUAAUACAGUCCAGUAUUCCACUCCCACCAGUGCUGGGGUUGCUGCUCCGCCUCCACCUCGACCUCCUAUGGUAAACAUGAUUCCUCAGGUUCGUCCCCCACCUCCUCACAUGCCACAAAUGCCAGGUCAGCAAAACCUCAUGGUCAAUCGUCCCCCAAUGCCUCCAUCAAUGGCUAUGAAUUCGCACAGCCUUCCUAUUCCACCACCUCCUGGAUCACAGUUUACACCUUUGGGAACACCUCAGCCCUUUGUUCCCCACCCGAUGUCCCAGCCCGGAAUGUCUAUGGUCCCGCCUCCUCCUAUGCCCCAAGGAAUGAUGCCACCUCCUCCACCGGAGGAAGCCCCUCCUCUCCCUGAAGAGCCAGAGCCGAAGAGGCAAAAGCUUGAUGAGUCUGUUCUCAUUCCUGAAGACCAGUUUUUGGCUCAGCACUCGGGACCUGCAAGGAUCAAUGUAUCUGUGCCGAAUACCGACGAAGGGAAUCUCAAAGGACAAGUUCUGGAAAUCACAGUGCAAUCUCUGUCCGAAACCAUAGCCAGUCUAAAAGAGAAGAUUUCUGGGGAGAUCCAGCUUCCUGCAAACAAACAAAAGCUGAGUGGAAAGGCUGGUUUUCUCAAGGACAACUUGUCUCUUGCAUACUAUAAUGUUGUUUCUGGAGAAACAUUCAGUCUCUCUCUGAGAGAACGUGGUGGGAGAAAGAGAUGAAUGGGGAGUUAUUUGACAUGGCCUUCAAAGGUUUAUUUUGCAACUAUUCGGCAUAUCUAAUCCUUGUGAUGAAUUUAAAGAAUUCUCCAUACUUCUUUCAUGUUAUUUCGGAGAUUAUAUUGGUCUUGUACUUAUAGUUUAUCUUUCUGCAAUUUAAUCAACUUUAUCUUUCAAGCUGAUGGUUGUGGGUAUCUACUACAGAUUUUGGCAUCUUGGCGAUCUUCCAUGAGGACAACAGGAAGUUUACUAGUUCUAUGUCUAUAAGAUGGUUGUGGGUUGUGUUUAUGUUUACUAAUUUGUGUUUGUCUUAACAUGUGCAGUUGCUCCACUCUCUAACUAGAGCUCAGUUGUUAUUUUGUUGUAUCUUCUGAGUCCAAGGCCCAUUCUUGGAUUAGAACUUUUCUGAUAUUCCUUAUAAUUUUAGAGGCUUUCCUUAGCAAUUAAUAUCUGAAAUUCUUCUGUGGAUUUAGGACCUAUUUCUGUAGAAGAUGUGCUUGUCGUGGUGGGAGACGCUUGUCCAAGCACACCUGCCUCUUUUGUGGUGCGUUUUUGGGGGCACUUGUGCCCCUUUGUUCAAGUCAUAUGUAGCUUCAUUCUUUUCAUUUGUUUCGGUGGAGUCUGCUGUAUGGAGAAAGUGGCAAGGUUUCUCUGAUGCCUUUAUUUUAUCAACACAGCUUUACCUCUGUUAGGGGUUGUGAUGUAUGCUGUAUUUGUCGGUUGCUUUAUGAGGUUCUAUCUCGAUACCAAAAGCAGUUUGCCCUGGCUUUUGGAGGAGGUUGCAGAUUGAUGAUUGAUACAUGCUUCAUAUGUGAUCUUUGGGAAUUCCUUAUUUUCUGGCCAAUAUUUGCUGUCAUUAGUAUUCAUUUGUUUAUGAUUCUUCAGGGAAUUGGUUUUGUAGCGCUUAUUAUGCUUGUGCUUUUGUGCUGUUUGUAGCUUUGCACCACCCUGUUUUUAUGGGUUCUAUUGAUCUUAACUGUACUUUCAACUGAUGAUGAUAGUACUAGUGACAUUUCACAGUUAGGAAUGUGAUGGACAUACUUUAAGAAGCUGCUUUCUAUGAGAUAAUGUUCUGGCCAUGUGUUUCUAUCUAUACAGCUUUCCCUAGUAAGCAGAAGUUUUUGGCACAUCCACAGACCGUGAUGGGUGCGAUGAAGUAUGGAGGCGUCUGCUUGGGUUUUCCUGAAUUGGAUAAUCACUGAGAGAAUAGACAGCAUUGUCCAUGUAGGUUUCACGUUCUUUUGAAAAGUGGGAGGCUUCAUGUGUUGCAGGAUGGGGUGUAUACACCACUUGUGGUUGUAGUAGAGUGCUCCCUACUUCCAACUAUUUGAUUAUGUAUGAUUUAGUGAGAAGGGAUCAGAGGGGUCGUAAAAGUAGAGGAAAAAAUAAAGACCAAGAUGGUGAAUAUGUACUUCAUUAGGGUGAUCGAGGGUGGGGUUCUUCAUAGCUUGUGUAAGAAUUUUCCCAUCUGUUAGUUGAUCGAGGAAGACGUUUAGUCAUUA